UUUGUGAAACUCUCGCGAGCCGCUUCAAACUAUUGUCUCGCUGUUUAUGUUGUGACAACACUGUGAUUAAUGUCUGGUUAGGUUUAUGCACGAAAACCACUUGGUGAGGGUUAGGGAUAGCGCAUGGAUUGGGGUGAAUUGAUCAAACGUGGUAUGGGUUAGUUACUUUGUUACAAAUCUCGCGAGAGUUUCGUAUUAUUUAGCAAAUCUGGGGUUACCAUCUAGACACGACCAAAAACACUACAGCAGCUUACCUUUCUCCAACAAGGUUUGUUUACCUUCAGAGACCUCAUUUCCUCACAGAAACCAGGAAAAAUGGACACGCGGUUCACUCGAGGGAAAUCCAACAUCUUAGAGCGACCUCUGACCCGACCCAAGACUGAAGUCAGCGUGAGCGCUUUUGCCCUCCUGUUCUCUGAGAUGGUGCAGUACUGUCAGAGCCGUGUGUACUCUGUGUCUGAGCUGCAGACACGCCUGGCAGACAUGGGCCAGAGUGUGGGAGCCAGCAUGCUGGAUGUGCUGGUGCUGAGAGAGAAGAACGGGAAGAGGGAGACCAAAGUGCUGAACAUGCUGCUCUUCAUCAAGGUUAAUGUGUGGAAGUCUUUGUUCGGGAAGGAGGCUGACAAGCUGGAGCAGGCCAACGAUGACGACAAGACUUACUACAUCAUAGAAAAGGAGCCACUUAUCAAUGCGUACAUCUCUGUUCCCAAAGAGAACAGCAGCUUAAACUGCGCUGCUUUCACUGCGGGCAUCGUGGAGGCCAUCCUCACACACAGCGGCUUCCCCGCCAAGGUCACCGCCCACUGGCACAAAGGCACCACGCUGAUGAUAAAGUUUAACGAGUCAGUCAUAGCCAGGGACAAAGCUCUGGAUGGCAGAUAAGGAAGACUGGAGAGAGCAAGUGGUUAUGUUAAUCAAUACAGGAUCAAAUCAUCCAGGUCCAUUCUUUUUUUUUUUACUCUGGCUGUUUGUUCUUGAAGUGUGGAGAAUUGUUCAUCUGUGGUGACUUUAUGGAAGAAUGGAUGAACCCGACAUCCUGAGCCAGAAAAGAUGCAGCUAGUUGGUUCAGUGUUCCAAGUUUGUGUGGAUCAUCUCACUCCUGUUAUACCUCAUGAAGUGACACAAAUUUGUUUUACGUUCUUACAUUUAAAGCAUUUAAUUUGUGGCUUUAUAUCACAGUAAUUCUGAGUUUUUCAAGCUCAUCAGGUCACUAUAUUUUAAUUACAUAACUUAAUCACACACCACACUGGAUGAGAUGUAUUCUUAAUAAGUUUGUAGGGCUGAAAUGAUUAAUAAAUUAGUUGAUUAACAGAAAAAUGAAUCAACUAUUUUAAUAAUAAUUUUAAGUCAUUUAUCAGGCAAACAUGGCAAACAUUUCCUGGUUCACAGCUUCUUAAAUGUGAAGAUUUUCUUAGUAUUUCACAUCAUUGUCCAACAUGUCAUCCUGGGCUCUGGGAAAUUGUGUUAGAGUUUUUAUAGACCAAACAU